AUGGCCCCUGCAAGGAUAUCCCACGACCCUGUCCUCCGUCGCGAGCCAGCAACACAAAGCCGCGACUUUCAGCUCCGCACCUUGAGCUCAGAUCUCUGUGUCUGUGGUGGAGGCUUCGCGGGUACUAUCGCAGCUAUCGCAGCAGCGAGAAAUGGCGUAUCAGUCAUUCUCAUCCAGGAUAGACCUGUUCUCGGAGGCAAUGCUUCCAGUGAGGUCAGAUUAUGGAUCCUUGGAGCUACGUCGCACAUGUUCAAUAACAAUCGCUAUGCGAGAGAGGGCGGUCUUGUUGAUGAGAUUUUGCUUGAGAAUUUGUAUCGAAACCCUGAGGGCAAUCCUCUGAUUCUCGAUACUAUUCUGUUAGAGAAAGUGAGACUGGAGCCGAAUAUCCAGUUGUUUCUCAACACAGCUCUUGUUGGGUGUGAGAAAGACGGAGAUCGUAUCAGCUCCGUCAGCGCAUUCAACUCACAAUGCUCUCUCAAGUUCACCAUCCAAUCUCAACAAUUCAUCGACUGCACAGGCGACGGCACACUCUCCUUCCUCGCCGGUGCCCCCUUCAGAAUCGGCGCCGAAAAGCGCGAUGAGUUCAACGAGCUCUUCGCCCCAUCCUCCGAGUACGGCCAUCUUCUCGGCCACUCUAUUUACUUCUACACCAAAGACACCGGCAAGCCUGUCAAGUACGUCGCACCAGCAUACGCUCUGAAAGACGUCGAGGGAGAAAUUCCUCGCUUCAAGAGCUUUAGCACGAAAGAGAUGGGAUGUAAUCUCUGGUGGAUUGAGUAUGGCGGCAGACUUGAUACUAUUCAUGAUACGGAGCAGAUCAAGUGGGAGCUUUGGAAAGUUGUGUAUGGAGUUUGGGAUUAUUUUAAGAAUUCGGGGAGGUUUCCCGAGGCAGAGAAUCUGACGCUUGAGUGGGUUGGGACUAUUCCGGGGAAGAGGGAGAGUAGACGGUUCAUCGGUCCUACUAUAAUGGUGCAGCAGGACAUUGUUGAACAGCGGUAUCACUCUGAUGCUGUGUCAUUUGGAGGCUGGUCUCUUGAUCUUCAUCCCGCUGAUGGUGUCUUCUCCGAAGUUGACGGCUGCACUCAGUGGCACUCAAAAGGCGUUUACCAAAUCCCAUUCUCCUCAAUGGUCUGCUCAGAGAUCCCCAAUCUCAUGUACGGAGGCCGCAUCAUGUCGGCAUCCCACGUCGCCUUUGCAUCUACCCGGGUCAUGGCAACAUGCGGAGCCAACGCCAACGCUUUGGGUAUCGCUGCAUCUCUUUGUAAGAAGCAGAGCGUCGACCCCAUGGAAUUACUUGUCAAGAGCAACAUGAAGAACUUCCAGCGAGAGCUCAUGCGCUUUGGCCAGUUCAUUCCUGGGUAUAAGCUCAACGAUUCUGAAGAUCUUGUUCGUUCAGCCUCCAAGAUCGAGGGAUCAUCUUUUGAGCUAUCACAACUUCCAGCUGAUGGACCACCGAAGGUCUUGGUUCGAAGUCUUGCGCAGAUGCUCCCCCUCUCACAAGGACCUGUUCCGACCUUCUCCAUUGCAGCCAUGUCAGUCGAAAACACCGUAUUGACGGUUCAUCUUCGAGGGUCUCAGAAACCCUACAACUACACGCCCGAGGUCAUUCUGGCUGAGACUAAGUUUUCCCUGGUUCCAGGACAGAAUGAUCUUGUUGUUGACUUCAAGGUUGAGAACCCUCAGACUCAAUAUGUCUUCCUGUCUUUCCUGCAGAACGACUCUGUGGCACUCUGCACGAGCAAGACACGUGUAUCAGCUCUCAUGACUGCUGAGCACGAAUGUACUCAAAGUCCGCCCAGUGAUGUUGGAGUUGACGAGUUUGAGCGCUGGACACCAGUUCGAAGGCCAAUGGGCCACAACCUCGCCUUGACGCUGGAUCCACCUCUGAAGGCUUGGGGGGUCGAGAACAUCUGCAAUGGCGUUCCCCGACCGACCAAGAGAACGAACUGCUGGGUUCCUCGUGCCGACUCAUCUGGUAGGAAGAUUCUCAAGAUUGGCUGGGAUAACCCUGUCAAGGUGAACAAAGUUGUUUUGCACUUUGAUACAGACUACGAUCACGCGCUUGAGUCGGUGUUGAGAGGUCACCCAGAGAGGACUAUCCCCUUCUGCGUCAAGAAGUGGCGUCUGUUGGACCUCUCCAGCGGAGAGCGAGAGCUCUAUGUUGAGGAUGAGAAUCACCUGUCGCGCCGGGAGGUCGUUCUCGAGGCGAGUAGGACGGUAAAGGAGCUUGGUAUUGAGGUUUUGGAGCUGAAUGGCGAUGAGAAUGCCUUUGGUGGCAUAUUUGAAGUCCGAGUGUAUGAAUAG